CCUUCCUAUUCAUAUCUUAUGUCCCUCGAGAUGUCAACCGAAGAACCCGUCACCUAUGAUAUUAUGGCUGAUCUCCCUGAAAACCAUUUCGGCACCAGCUGGACCACUCCCCGCGCUCUCGAAGCUCUCGUGUACCACAUCACGCUAGCCCCGGGCUUCGUAGGUCAAAUCCUCCAAGUGGACAAUCUCACCCCCGAAGGCCAGAACUACAUAGCCAGCGGCGCCCUGCCGGACCAGCAAUCAUUUGUCAUCGACGGGACUACCGCCAUUCUCCGGCUCGUCCGCUGGGAGUGCUACCGGGCCGCACGACAUCUCGUCCACGAGAUAUUUCGCCAGCCUUGUGCGGCCCACGCGGGAAUGGCCACCACCAACGGGCGCUUCCUCUCUGAUUUUACUUUCCGGGGCUCGGUCGACUCCCUCAAGCAGCCGAGCCGAUGCUACUUGGCCCCUCAUCCAAUCACCAGCACACAUGUUGACCAGAUGUGGCCAAGCUUCGUCGUGGAAACCGGGGUGGAGGGAUGGCUGGGCAUGCUACGCCAUGACGUGGACUGGUGGUUCCAACACUCCAACGGACGAACUCAGACGGUGAUGCUCUUGAUUGUCCACCCCAUGCUGAGAAACGUCUAUGUCGAAAGCUGGCAGCUCGGCGACAUGCCAAGGCCGACCCGGGUUAUUGACAGGUACAUCCAUACCGUUCAGUUUGGGGAAGGCCAUCCUCUUCGGUUCGACACUCAGAGGUUAAUGGGGUUCAACCUGGCCGAAUGUCCGGCAUUUACGGUCGAGUGGGACGAUUUGACGGAUUGUGCGCACCGGAUCUUUGCUCUUUCAUAAGGCCAUGUCUCUUGAUCUGUAUCUCGAU